AAGUCAAAAUAAGCGUCGCAGUAAAGUUAAAUCUACCAGCAAAUAUUUAAAGAGGAACAGAAGAAAGAAAUGGUAGAAAAAUUUAAGAGGAAUUCGCAUAGGAGCAAAAAACAUGGCAGAUAUUCCUCGAGUGAAGCUUGGAAGUCAAGGUCUUGAGGUUUCUAAGCUGGGAUAUGGGUGUAUGGGUCUGACCGGAGUGUACAACGAUCCUGUCCCCGAAGAGGUUGGCAUAUCUUUGAUCAAAUAUGCAUUCAGUAAAGGGAUCACUUUCUUUGACACAUCAGAUAUUUAUGGACCCCAUGCCAAUGAAGUUUUGGUCGGAAAGGCGCUCAGCGACUUGCCUCGAGAUCAGGUUCAGAUUGCCACAAAGUUUGGGAUCGUCGAAAUUGUUUCUGAUAAUGUGAUAGUGAACGGUUCUCCUGAAUAUGUUCGAUCAUGUUGCGAGGGUAGCCUUCAACGCCUUGGUGUCAGCUACAUUGAUCUGUAUUAUCAGCACCGUGUUGACACCACAGUACCAAUCGAGGACACUAUGGGUGAGCUCAAAAAGCUGGUCCAAGAGGGAAAGAUAAGAUACAUAGGAUUGUCGGAAGCAAGCCCUGACACUAUUAGGAGGGCACAUGCUGUUCAUCCCAUCACUGCUCUGCAAAUGGAGUGGUCCCUCUGGAGUCGUGAAAUUGAGCAAGAAAUUGUCCCACUUUGCAGGGAGCUUGGAAUUGGAUUAGUACCAUACAGUCCCAUUGGCCGUGGAUUUUUUGGUGGGAAGGCUAUUGUGGAAAGUGUGCCUGCAGACAGUUUUCUGGCAAUUCAACCAAGGUUACAAGGGGAGAACUUUGACAAGAACAAAAUCUUAUAUUCCAGGAUAGAGAAGUUGGCUGAGAAGUAUGGAUGUACACCUUCACAGCUUGCUCUUGCAUGGAUUCUUCAUCAAGGAGAUGACUUGGCACCAAUCCCAGGAACGACUAAGAUAAAAAAUCUUGAUAGUAAUAUCAGUUCAUGUGAAGUGAAGCUGAGCGAAAAUGAUUUGAGGGAGAUUACAGAUGCUGUACCAAUAUCUGAGGUGGCUGGAGAUUGGACUACUGAUACAUUUGUUAGAUGUUCAUGGAAGUUUGCUAAUACUCCACCAAAAGCAUAGCUAGAUAUGCUAAUUAAGCACCUCAGAGCUCACAUUUUUAUUUUAUCAAGUUUCUAGUAGCCUUGCAUCCUCUCAAUAAAAAGUAAUUGUUAUUGUUCAUUUGGCUCUUCUGUUAUGCUGUAUCAAUGCUUAAUUAUGACCAUGUUAUUUAUUGAAAAAGUAGAGACUAUCAUACAAGAAAAUCUAUAAAUUCAUUGUCUUAUAAAAUUUUUUAUUUUGAAUGCU